AUGUAUCUAGUGCCCUACCGGGACAGCCGGCUCACCUUCCUGCUCCAGGACUCCCUGGGCGGCAACGCCAAGACCAUGAUCGUCGCCAACGUGUCCCCCAGCAGCGUGUGCGCGCAGGAGACGCUGUCGACGCUCUACUUUGCGCGCCGCGCCAAGCACAUACGCAACCGCGCCUUUGUCAACGUGGACGUCCGCGGCGACGCGGCGCUGCUGCAGCGGGAGAUCCAGAGGCUGAACACCGAGCUGGACAACCUGCGCAAGGGCGCAACAGAGGCGGUGGUGCAGGAGGCCAAGAAGCUGCGGCAGCAGCUCGCCAGCGAGGCCGCCGCGCGUGAGGAGCUUGAGUCGCGCCUGGAGGUGGCGUCCAACGACAACGCGCAGCUGCGGCGCGAGCGCAAGCGCCUGGACGAGAAGCUGGCGCACGUUCACGGCAUGGCGGGGGAGCUGUCCGGGCUGAUGAUGCGGCUGUCCAUGCGCGUGGCGCGCUACGAGGCUGCAGAGGACGAGGCGCGCGCGGCGCGGAUUCGGGCCGCCGAGGCGGAGCUCAGUUUGGAGGCAGCGCAGGCGGCCAAUCUGCAGAGCCGUGCCCAAGAGGAAAUCGCAGGGGCCGCAGCGCUGUCAGACCAAAUGGCGGCCGCCAAGGCGGAGCUCGCCGCGGCGUUCACCCGCGCCCGCGGCAGCGAAGACGCCGCCGCGGCGGCCGAGGCUGCGGCAGCAGCGCUGCGCGAGCAGAUCUCCGCGGCGCGCGAGGCGGCGCGGGGCGCAGAGGAGCGCGCGAGGCGGGCGGAGGCGCGGGCAGAGGAGGCCGAGGAGGCCCUGGCGCAGUUGGAGGUGCAGCUGGGCGAGGCACGCCGCGAGCUGUCAGAGCGCGCAGCCAUCGCCGCCGCCGCCUCGGCACGCGCCGAUGAGGCGGAGGGAGCGCGCGACGCGGCGGCGGCGGAGGGCCGGUGGCUGCGGGUGAAGCUGGCAAACGAGGGGGAGGCGCGGCGGGAGGUGGAGGGGCGACUGGCGGAGACCGCGGCGGACGCGGCAGCCAAGGCAAAGCGGUGA